UAUUAAUUUCAUUUCGUCCCUCUCUCUCUUUCUUUCUCGUUCGUUAUCGUACGUACGUAAACGUAACCGUGUACGAGAGGUGCGAUCGAGAGAGAGAGAGGUUGCCGCAAGUUGGUUAGUGUGUGUUGUCAGUGUGCGCGAAACCGUGGAUCGACACGAGGUCUCCGGCAAUAAUUGGAGUAAACUGGAGGAAACCGAGGGGACCGCCUUCAAGGAUGAAGUUUCCACAACAAGACGGGAGCACGUCGGAUUACGAUUCGCCGGACAUCUCGCAAUCGGCGAACAAUCAUCAGGCGAGCGUGGUCCAGGAUGAGAGUAGCAGAUUGUCGCCGAACGAUCAGGGGGAACGUUCCUCGGAGCAAGAGUCGGAGGAGGCGGACGAGCCGGGGCUUCGGAUUCCCCGGUUGAAUUCCCAGGGUAAAGUGAAAACGUUCAGAUGCAAGCAGUGCAACUUCGUCGCGAUCACGAAGCUCGAGUUUUGGGAUCACAGCCGUAACCACAUAAAGGCGGAAAAGCUGUUGACAUGCCCCAAGUGCCCUUUCGUGACCGAGUACAAGCACCAUUUGGAAUAUCACUUGAGAAAUCAUUUCGGCUCGAAACCGUUCAAAUGCGAGAAAUGCUCGUACUCGUGCGUGAACAAAUCCAUGCUGAACAGCCAUCUCAAGUCGCAUUCGAACGUUUAUCAAUACAGAUGCGCCAACUGUACUUACGCAACUAAAUAUUGCCACUCGUUGAAACUUCAUCUGAGAAAAUACUCGCAUCAACCGGCUAUGGUGUUGAACGCGGACGGCUCGCCGAAUCCUCUGCCCAUUAUCGAUGUUUAUGGGACACGGAGGGGCCCUAAACAGAAGCCGGCCAACAACAAGCCGGCCAACAACGCUACCCACGAGGAGAUCAACAAUCAUCAGAACAACAACGCCACCGCGGCGACCAACGGUGGCCAGAUCGCUUCACCUCAACAAGUGGCGCCGCCGCAAAUGUCUCCCACGCCGUCCAACGUCAAUCUGUCGUUGUGCGCGAUGAACAACGGGACGAGCGGCAGCAACACGGCUAUCGCGAGCACAUCGAGCGGGAUCACGCAUAACCAGGCGGUGAUCACGUAUCCGUACAAUCAAUUGUUCACCGGUUUCGCCCUCUCGCAAUUGUCCACCGCGUCGGAGGAUAACGGUGGCGAGAAUCAUUUCGAUCGGAUAAAGGCGAACACGUUGAUGGAUUACUUGAGGGCGAUAGACGAAGAGAGGAUGUCGGGCGAGGCGGCCCAGGAUCUUGUCGUCAGAUGCGGCAAUGGGAACGAGGGAUCGAACGGUGUGAACGGGACGUCCGAUAGCGGGGCAUCGAGCAUGACCGAGGUGUCCAUGGAACCGAAUCCAAUGGAUCAGGUGUACGCGGAUACACGAGUCGCGCCUUUGGAUCUCAGCAAGCAUGAUACCUCGAUUAACGGUUGCUCCGAAAUCGGGAAACCGGGCGGUAACUCGCCCAAGUUAACCGGCACCAGCAGACGAAAGGGAAAGGCGGUGAAGUUGGAGCGGAGAGUGCUCGAGGAGGACACGGAUGACGAGCAACCCCACUCGUCCCAACAGCAAUACAACCAUCAACACCAGCACCAGCAGCAGCAACAACAGCAGUUGCAGCAGCAGCAACAACAGCAGCAGCAAUGGCAACACUUGGUGGAACAGUUGUAUUCACAGACGCAACCGCAACAACACCAGUUGCUGCAAUUCCAGCAACAACUGCAGCAAUUGCAGCAACUGCAAUUGCAACAAUUGCAGCAACAUCAACUACAGCAUCGCGCAUCCAUGGAAUCGGACGGAUCCUUCGAAUCUUCGUCCUCGAGCAGCCCGAGUUCCGGCGAGGGGAAGGACGAAGCCGAGCGCAACUUCGCGAUAAACCACGAGCUCACCUGCCAUUUCUGCGAGAUCGUUUUCGGAAACGUGAUCAUGUACACCGUUCACAUGGGCUAUCACGGCUUCCAGGAUCCUUAUACGUGCAACAUGUGCGGCCAUCAAUGUAACGACAAGGUGUCUUUUUUCCUCCAUAUUGCCAGGUCGAAACAUUCCUAGAUUUAACUUUAACUUGCGAUUAGAUUUCGCAA